CACACACACACACACACAUAUAUAUAUCUGUAUAUUUUCGUCCCAAUCCACAAUCGACAGCUCUUCGUCGCCGCUCGAACCCAACAACGCACCUUCAUUAGCAACAACAACGCCAUCGACAGUCGCUUGUGCUCUCUGAGAUUCAUACAAGGAACUUGGUUUGAUUUGGAUUUUAUGAGCAUGUACUCGUCGCGAGGGGGCCAACAACAGCCCUAUGCUUCGCAAUCUGCUGCUUAUGCUCAGAAUUUGAUGCCUGCUUAUGCUGGGAGUUCUGUUGGAGGACCUGAUGGGACCUCUCAACUAUCUAUGGCUUCUCGGCACUCAUCAAUGUUAGGCGGUCCUCAGGAAUCAGAUAUCACUGGAUAUAGAGGUCAUCCCUCCGCUGGAGCUCAUUAUGGUGGGCAAUACAGUUCUGUUUAUGGAUCUGCUGCUUUGAGCAGUGGUCAACAGGUUUCUGGAAUGAGUGCCAAAGGAGCUGGGCCAUCUGCUUUGGAAGGUCGUAGUGGUUAUGGCUCAGCUAUGCCAGAUUCACCAAAGCUCCCAACUGGUGACUUUGUAUCAUCAUCAAGCCAUGGAUAUGGCCACAAAAGUGAGAAAUUAUUCUCUGAUAAAAUUUCUGAUUAUUCAUCAGUUGACAGGCGCCAAUAUGCUGAGCGACAGAGUGCAUAUGUAGGGAGGGAUUUGCAGAAUGUCCCAACAGGUCGAUUUGGUGAUUCUAUGAGUUUUGCUCAUCAGCAUCAGACAGACAUGUAUGAUCGCAUGGAUCAGGCAUCACUACUUCGACAGGAACAGCUGCUCAAGGCUCAAUCACUUCAAUCUGCUUCUCUUGACGGUGGUUCCAGACAAGCUGAUUAUCUUGCAGCAAGGGGGGCUAGUAUUCGUCAUCCAGCACAAGAUCAUAUGUCUUUUGGUGGAAGAAUGGACGCUGAUCCUCGCAGUUUAUCAAUUUUAAGCGGUUCAUCAUAUGGUGGACAACACACUCCGUCAAUUUUAGGGGCAGCUCCGCAGAGAAACGUGGAUGAUCUCAUAUAUGCUCAAAGCUCUUCAAAUCCAGGUUAUGGAGUUAGCCUGCCUCCUGGUAGGGAUUAUGCUACAGGAAAAGGGCUUCAUGGUGCAUCCCUUGACGCGGAUUACCCAGGUAGCUUGUUGGCACGCAGUGGUCAUUCAAGGAUUGAUGAGCGUAAUGAUGAUAGGGGAGUAUAUGCUCGGGAGCUUGAGCGAAGGGAGGAGGAGCGUCGUAGGGAGCAUUUGCGUGAUAGAGAAAAAGACAGAGAAAGGGAGAAGGAACGGGAACGAGAACGAAGACGGGAAAGAGAGCGUGAAAGGGAAAACAUUUUGGCACGGCGGGAGAAAGAGAGAGAUCGUGAACGCGAACGUGGAGCUGAAAUUAGGCGCGAACGUGGAGCUGAAAUUAGGCGCGAACGAACUCCACCCAGAAUCUCUAAGUCUAAGGACCGGUCUGAACGGCGUGGUUCCUCAUUGACAAAGGAUGCCAAGCCUGCACGAAGAGAUCCGCCACGUACUGAAGCUUUGCAUAGGCGCCAUUCACCUGUUAAAGAAAAAAGGAGAGAAUAUGAUUGCAAGGUUUAUUCAUCUAGUUUGGUAGAUGUCAAGAGGGAUUAUUUGUCACUAGACAAGCGAUAUCCCAGACUUUUUAUUUCUCCAGAAUGCUCCAAGGUUGUUGUGAACUGGCCAAGGGAGAGUCUCAGACUUUCCAUCCAUACUCCUGUCAGUUUUGAGCAUGAUUUUGUUGAAGAGGAUACUGGAGCUGACCAGAAAGAACGACCUGCCAUACCUUCAGCUGAUGAACCUGUGAAAUCAGAAAGGGGAACUACUGUGUGGAAUGCAAAGAUGAUUUUGAUGAGUGGACUUAGCCAAAAUGCUUUGGAUGAGCUGUCAUCUGAAAACAGCUAUGAUGACCGCAUACCCCAUUUUUGCAAUAUGCUGAGGUUUGCUGUUCUUAAAAAAGAGCAUUCUUUAAUGGCAAUUGGAGGCCCAUGGGAUAUUGUUGAUGGAGGGGAUCCUUCAGUUGAUGAUUCUUCUCUAGUUCGAACCGUUGUGAGACAUGCAAAGGAUGUUACUCAACUUGAUUUGAAGAACUGCAGACACUGGAAUCGUUUCCUUGAGAUACAUUAUGACAAAGUUGGGAAUGAUGGACUGUUUAGCCAUAAAGAAGUCACUGUACUGUAUGUUCCAGAUUUGUCUGAUUGUCUUCCGUCACUGGAAGCAUGGCGAGACCAAUGGCUUGCUCACAAGAAAGCUGUUGCUGAGAGAGAGAGCCGACUUGCUUUUAAAAAAGAGAAGUCUAGAGAGAAGUUGGAAGGGCCAAAAGGUAAGGAAACUGAUUCCUCUAAAGAAGUCAAGGGGGAUGACAAAUCAGAGAAAAAAGUAGAGUCUGCGAUCCCUGGACAAGUAGUAGAUGUCAUCAAAAAACAGAAAGACGACCAUAAACUGAAAGGAAACUCAGCAGACAAAGCGGAGGUUGGGAAUGAGAAGUCUGAGAAAAAAGUUGCAGUGACAAUGGGUGAGGAAGGUAAUAAUGUUGAGAAUAAGGAACUGGGGGAAGAUGCUGUGGCUAAGACAGCAGUUAGUGGAAAGUUAGGGAAAAGGAAAGUUGUAAAGAGAGUUAUCAGACAGAAGGUUGCUGCUAAGAAAGAUGGUUUGGAGAAUCUAACCAAACAAAAUGAUGGUUUGGACGAUCAAACCAAGCAAAAUGAGAAUCUGGAGGUCAAGAAUGUGGGAGAGAAGUCUGCAAACCCAGAAACCACUGGUCAACCGGACGAGUCUUCUGCUAAUGCUUCCUGUGUUAAAACCUUUACAAGAAAGAAAGUUGUGAAAAAGGUCCCAGUGGUAAAAGCUGUUCUGAAAAAAAAUGAAGGCAUGGACACUGAGAUGAAAACUGACAAGGAACCUGACUGUUCUGAAGAUAAACCAGAAGUUAAAUCGGACUUGAGUAAUGCUGCUGUGGUGCAAGAUGCUGCUGUAAAAACAACAACAAAGAAAAAGGUAGUUAAAAGGGUGCCCAAAAGGAAAGUAACUGGGGCGGAAGCCAACGAAGGGGUUUCUGAUAGUAAGAAAGAUGAUGACAAGGAUGGGAAAAAGGUAGGUCAAGCUGGUAAUGAAGCAAAAACUUUGGGAGACCAAACUGCUGCUGCUGACAGCCAUGUUGAUGAUGCCAAGUUAGAAAAGAAAGCGACUCGUAAAAUGUCAGAAUCAGUAACUCCUGUGAAGCAAGAUGAUGUUGGUAAUUCAAGUAAAACUGGAAGCAAGGCUGACAAAGAAGAUAAAACAAAUGAGAAGAGGGUUGAUGAGAAAAGUGGUUCUGUGUCCAAAAUCAAUAAUGAGACUGGCAAGCAAAAACCCAAGGAUAAUCACGUUAGCAAGAGGGAAAAAUCAAAAGAAAUAGAAAAAUCAAAAGACGAAGAGAAAAAAAAUAAAGAAGGAAAAGAUGAGUCUAAAAGCAAAUCAAACAAGGAUGUGAAAGAAAAGAAACAGCCUGAAGAGCCUCCUCGGCACCCUGGAUUGUUUCUCCAAACAAAAGCGAGCAGGGGUUUUAAACUGCGUUCAUUGUCACUUUCACUGGAUUCACUUUUGGAUUAUACUGCCAAAGAUAUUGAAGAAUCAACAUUUGAGCUCUCAUUGUUUGCAGAAUCACUGUACGAAAUGCUCCAGUAUCAAAUGGGUUCUCGUCUUUUAACAUUUCUUCAGAAAUUACGCAUAAAGUAUGUGAUGAAAAGAAACCAACGUAAAAGACAAAGAGAAGAAAAUGCUAAGGAAAAUGAUAAAAAAUCAUCUACAAAGCGUGUGAAGACUGACGAGGCCACUGUGGCAGCCAAAACUACUAAAACUGAAGCACAGGAUGCACCCCAACAUGAUGAUGAAAAAAGUGUUGUUAAGGAGGAGAAUACUUCUGUUGAUGGGGUCGAAAAUGUGAAGGAGGAAGAUGAUGAUGAAGAUCCAGAGGAAGAUCCAGAGGAAGAUGAUGAUAUGCCCGAUGCAAACCCUCAACAGGACUUGUGGAAUGAGGAAAGUGCUGUCGAGGGGAAGACUGAUGAUGCAGAUAUCAAGUCUGAAAAGGAAACCGAGAAUGCAAAAGAUAAAGAGCAGGAAACUGGGGAUGAAACUUCAGAUAACAUGCCCGUGUCAGGUUCAGAGAGCAAGCCUGUGUCGGGUUCAGAGAGCAAAGAAAAUGUAGAGAAUACUGAUAAAAAGAAAGAAAUGCCGCCGGUGGUUGUUGAUAAAGAACUGUUGCAGGCUUUCAGGUUUUUUGAUCGGAAUCGAGUUGGAUACAUCAGGGUUGAAGAUAUGAGGUUAAUUAUCCACAACUUGGGGAAGUUCCUCUCCUACAGAGAUGUCAAGGAACUUGUUCAAAGUGCACUCUUGGAGAGCAGUACUGGGAGGGAUGAUCGUAUUCUUUACAAUAAGCUAGUUAGAAUGGCUGACAUUUGAGAUCCAAGUGGAGGCAUUGCUUCCUUGCCUGUUGGGAGUAUUUGCUUGUAUUGAAGAAUCGAGUUGUGAAUUUUAACUUAGUUCUGAACUUAAAGUUUUUGAUAUUUCUAUGACCCACCUGAAAAAAGGGGUAUGAGAGAUACAGAAGUGUUAAUCUGCAACUCAGAAUCCAGAUUUCCACAAUUAAACUUAAUUGACCUUGUUGUGUCGUCGUGUUGAUUAUAACUUGCCUUUAAUAAAACUCUGCAAAUUUCUUGAA